AGCAAAGACUUUUUUACUUACAGUUUACUGAUCAGUGAUCUGAUCAGGGAAACUGGACAUUCUCUAGGGAAGUAUUCCAAAAUUAACAUCUUCGAGGAUUAAUCAAAAUUUUGCGAUAACCAUUUUUUUAUAUAGGCCAUCCGAUUUCCAUACUUUGAAGCUUUAAUUCUGCCCUUCUCAAAAGGUCAUUCCGGCCAUAUGGGGUGAAAAGAGUUUUACAAUUCAAUUCAUGGACACAAAAAAAGCAUCUGAACAACCACCGACAUUACGAUUUGAUGUUCCUUUCGAUAUUAGUGGAAAUUGUCAAGACUAUUCAUUAAUUGAUUUAAUAACCAACAAAUAUGCAAAUGACAAAGAUACUUUAGAAUUAAUCCUUGGCACAUACGUUCGAGCAAAUGGAAACAAAAAUGUUAAAGAAUUUCUGGCUGGAAGAAGUGAUGAUGAUGAUAUAGGCGAUUCUCGAAAUACAACAAAAGAAGUUGUUUCAUCAAUAAUUAAUCAUCGUGAUUAUCAAGAUUGGGGUGAAGGGUACGAAGAUGAUGAUUCAUUUAUUGACAAUUCAGACGCAGCCGACGAUGCUUUGCCACCAAAUAUAACAACAAAACAAAAUGGGUUUUUUGUUAGUCAAGGUCCGAUCGAGGCAGUGUAUUUAGAAACCAGUAGUAGUGAAGAUGAAGGUGAUGCUGAGCGGGUGAUUGUAAAUAAUGACGAAAAACGAUCUGAAAAGAGUCAAGAUGUACAACAGAAAGUGAAAAAAAUCAAAACGAACGGUGAUGAAAGUGCGUCAAUAUUAACAGUAUUGCCAAAAAAUCGUAAACGACAAAUAUCGGACGAUUCGUCUGAUUCAUCAAAUAUCGAUACAAUCCCUACUCCUAAUAACACCAGUGACAAACUGGAUGUAACAGCUCAAAAAAAAAUGAAGACUGUUGAUGUCAAUAGUUCAAUGAAACCAAAUGAUCAUUCAUUACCCGAUGCUAUAUCAACUGAAUUACGAAACGAUAUUGAACAGUUAAUUAAAUUGGUAAAUGAGAAGUCAAAAGGUGAUCAAAAAAACAAAAUUCAUUUAUUGGAGUAUGAAGCACCCAUAUGUCAAAUACUUUUAAAUGUUGUUGAACAGUUAAAAAGACAUUUAAAAGAUGAUCGUUUAGCAGUAUUUGAUUAUGCAGCAACACAUAUGGAUAUAUCAAAAUAUUUAUUAGUGAUUCGUAUGCGUUCAUUACAAUAUGAUCUAGCCAAUCCGUCUCUAUUAACGUUAUCAAUAAAAGAUAGCAUGAAAAAACUUAGAGAAGGUGCUGUUAGGAUGAGAACUCUUCUGUCGCCACCAAAUCCCCAACCAAUAAUGAAACAAAGCGAUGUAUCAUCAAAACCAAUAGCUGCAAAUGGGAAUUCAUCGAAUAAUGAGGCAAAUCUGAUAAAAACAAAUCAAACGGCACCUGAAUCAAAACAGUCACCAUUAUUAAUUCAAAAUAAAACAACAACGAAUAGUAACGUAUCACGUCCGGCAAAUGCAGGAUUGCUUUCAGUUGCAGAUGAUCAGUCGAAGAGCUCAAUGUCGAUAUCAAAAUCAAAAGCAAUUCAAAAACCAUCUACGCCACCUUCAUCCUCACUAUCAACUACAACACCAACAACAGCCAUGAAAAAGACUAGUAAUAAUACGAAUGCGGUAAAAACUGUUGCCGAUAAAUAUCCGAUAGAUUCACAAUCAUCUGCUGAUAGCAUGUUGUUCAUGGGUAGGCAAUCGCUUCAAAUGGCUACAAGAAUUUCUGCUGUAGAAAUGAAACAGUCAGACAAACAACGUCAGACAGAACAAAUGUUGCCAUCCCGACCUUUGAGUUCAAAAGAUAAUUCUGCAUUGAUUCGAACACAAGUUUCACCUGUUAAUAAUCCAGUAGUAUUGCCUAUGUCUGCCCCUUCUUCACAACCACAACAUAGACACUCGUCAUCAUCGCACUCGAAUAGCUCACGUAAUUCAGUUAAAUCUUCUCCUGUUAUUCAAUCACCAAUGUCAAAAGCAUCCAUUAUAGAUCUGACAGAAGAUCAACCAAAACUGAGACAACAAAUGGCACAAAUGGCUUCAACCAACGCAUCACCUCAUGCAUCACCACUUCCAGCCCAUUUACAUAUUUCAUCACCACCUAAAUCACCCAUUUUAAAUCAAUCUCAAAUGAAAAAACCAACAGAUCAAAAUACAAAAGUAUCAAAUAAGAAAUUGCCUGAUUUAUCAUUGUCUGAUCGUCAAUCAACCUCUCCAUUUUCAAUCCCUAAUCUUCAUUCUUCCAAACCAAUUCUUCGACAUAUUCUCGAAACGAAACCACCAGCGAACGCUACGGCCACACCACCUAAAAAGACAUCAUCGCCCUUAGACAUUGAUGUUAUGUUAUCGCCGAUAAACAAUAAAGGAAGAGAAACAAUGAGGGUACAACAAACACAAUUAACUAACACUCAUAAUGAUCGACAUGUUGACAAUCGACAUGUUGACACAUCUAUUGGUGUUAGUAAUGGACGAAUUCUAAAUGAACAGGGAAUAAAACAACAUUCGUCAAGCAGACAUCAUCAUAGCCAUUCACAACAACAACAACAACAACAACAACAGCAGCAGCAACAACAACAACAACAACAACAACAACAUCGUUCAUUAGUCAAUACAACUGUGCCUGCUGCAACUCGAAUAAGUUCAUCUCAAUCCCAACAAUCGAUGAAUAGUCGUCAUGGAUAUUCAGGAAUGGUACUACCACUACCACAGCAACAGCACAAUCCCUAUUUUGGUGAAGAUCAGUCUGCUUCAAACCAUGGAUCAUCUCGGGGUCACAUUGAUCCACAUAGUAUUGAUAUUAAUCGAUUACUUCUUGCUUGUGCUUCACAUACAUUUUCAACCAGCGGUCAAUUACUUCCUCCACCUCUACCACCACCAACGAAGUCGCCCCGUGACAUAAUUAAUCGAGAUAGUUCAUCAUUUGGUUAUUAG